AUGGUGGAAUCUGUCUCAUCCCCUCCUUCCUCCCCCUUCCUCCUCCUCCCGCCCCCCUCCCCCCUCUCGCUCCCACCGCACAGUGCGGACUAUUCUGUAGAGAUAGACCUGUGCGGAUGUUCAGUAGAGACAGGCUUCGUAGGCCUACUCUUUGCAGUCAGAGGAGCUCUGAGGCGCGUCAAGACCCCUCCCUUCAUCCUGCCCUCCCUCCCUCCCUCCCUCCCUCCCUCCCUCCCUCCCCUAUUCCACCCUUCCGCGCAGUGCGGAGUAUUCAGUACAGACAGACCUGUACAGACAGACCUGGUGGGCCCACUCUUUGCACUCAGGGGAAGGCAAUACCGCCGCCACGACCUUCAGCUUGUAAAUAGCCGAGGCCACGUGCUAGAAUGCAGUCACUACGUGCCGGCCCACAUCCCGCCCAAUCAAAAGCUGCCAUGUGUCAUCUACUGCCAUGGGAACAGUGGCUGCCGUGCCGACGCCAGUGAAGCAGUGUUUGUGCUUCUUCCAUCCAACAUCACAGUCUUUGCUCUCGACUUCUCGGGAUCAGGCAUGUCCCAAGGGGACUAUGUCACGCUGGGGAGAUUCGAGAUGGAGGAUCUCACAACAGUGGUGGACCAUCUACGAGCCGAGGGCUCUGUGUCGCUCAUCGGCCUGUGGGGGAGGUCAAUGGGGGCUGUUACCUCGCUCAUGUACGCAGCAAAGGAUCUGUCUAUAGCGGGGAUGGUCCUGGACAGCCCGUUUUCCAACCUGCCCAACCUCAUCCUGGAGCUCGUGGACACCUUCAAGAUCAAGCUGCCCAAAUUCACGGUGAAGAUGCUGGUGUAUUACUUACGGAACCUGAUCAAGAAGAAGGUACCGGAUUUCGACAUCAACGAUUUAGACGCUGUGGGCGUGGCGAGGAGCAGCUUCAUUCCGGUGCUGUUUGGGCAUGCCUCGGGAGACACCUUCAUUCUGCCACAUCACUCGCAGCAAAUACACGAGGCCUAUGCGGGUGACAAGAAUCUGAUCACCUUUGCUGGGGACCACAACUCCCACCGCCCCAACUUCUUCUACGACUCGGCCUCCAUCUUCCUCCACAACGUGCUGCAGCCGCCCCCCAUAGAGGAACCCCCCGCCUCCUCCCUCUAUAGUCACAUCCCUGGGGGGUCUGAUGCGCAACAGCCAGUGCCGCGUGCUGCUUAUGGUGGUGCUACACUCACUGCUGCUGCUGGUGCCGGUGCUGUUGGUGGUGGUGCUUUUGGCGGUGGUGGUGGUGGUGGUGGUGGUGGUGGGGUAUCAGGCAGGAGUACAAGAGCCGAUGUCCCUCCAAGUGCUGACGAGUUGAACCCUCCACACACCACCUACCAGCGCCCACCCCCCGUUGCUGAGCCAGCAGAUGAGCUACUGAGCAGCGAGGAGUUGGCGCGCUUCAUGGCACAUUUUGCUGCUUCCGUGCCGCCUGGAGAAGAGCUUGCUCCCGGACUGGAAGACGACUAUGAUGAGGAUGAGAUGCUUCAACAAGCCAUUGCCCUUUCCUUGCUCGAUGUACAAGAUCAAGAAGGGGGAUCAAGUGCUCAUGCAACGAACGCUAGUAGAUGA